CUUAGCACCACAUUUCUUUCAGAUAAUUACAGAGACAUACAUCUUCCUUUUUGACUGGCCAUCAUAGACUUUGUUCUCAUUGAUUUACUCCUUCACAGCUGCUGGUCAUGUUGCACUUAAUUUAUCUUGAUGAAUGUUCUAGAGAUUCUGGGGAAGAAAUUUCAAGAUCCAUUUCACUUGAUAGGAAAUAGGUCUCAGCAGUUCUAAUUCAAUUUUCUUAACAUAUUUGUGUCUUGAUAUGCAUCUUGUCUGCUAUUUGGCCAAGAUUUAGUGGAUCUGCUUUCUGACUAUUUGUGUAAAAGAAAAUUUAAAUCAAUGGAGUUGCUCAAGGGGUCAAUCAUACCGGUAAACUGGAAAGAGGCUUAGUUCUGUAGUUUUUCUGUGUUAUUUUUCUUAAAUGGGAAGGAAAGGAAGUGACGAUAUCCGUAGGGGCCAAGACUAAAAAGUAAAUUAAAAAACAACUUUGAGAACGACCAUAACCGGAGCCACGCUGUGCUUUAGCGUGAAACAAACGAGAUGAUUUAUUUAACAUUAAACUAAAUUUUGCCCCUACAGUGAGUCAAACUUAGGACCUAAUCGGUGCUAUUCAGACCGCCUAACUAAUUCAGGUAGAUGCCCUUUUGCUAAAAAAGACUAGCUCCAUCUUCACAAAGCUAUAUGUCUGACAGCUGUGUUUUAUAUGUGCUACUACCUCGGUUCUCAAAUAUUUGUCGCAUUUUAGUUCACUUUUGAACUAAAAUGAGACAAAUAAAAAAUAACGGAGGGAGUAGUUAUUAAGGUGUGGAUUACCUUCUCAUCUAACAGCCAACAUGAAACUCAUGGUCUGGAAUGCUAGGAAGCGCAUCUGAUGAUGACAUGCAUAUGGCUAACUGUAUAACUGAUCUUGUUUAUAUGUUAAGUUGUCCUUGAUUCUUUUCAGUGGCACAUGUUCUUAAAGUUCUUAUGUACUUUGGAGGCUUGUGACGAUUUAACCAUAGGAGUUCUUUUCUCUAGUUUGCUUUUAUAUUUAACCUUUUGGGCGAGUGGAUUGGUUGGUGGCAUUGUGGUCCAUCAUGUAAAUUAAUUCCUGGAGCUCAAUAAUCUCUCUUUAUCUUUGAUAGAACUAAGUUUUUAAUCAUCUAUGUUGGACCACAUAUCAGAUCAAAUUGGUAUACCUGUCAUACACGCUGCUGGUAUAUCUGAAGUUGCUUUUGCCUUUUUCUAGUUUUGCUUAAGGUACUUGGGCAAAAAGCCAAUGUUCUAUCACUGUUAUCUCACCUUUAGCUGAUUCGCUGAGCGAUAUUUUUGUUUUUCUGCGUCAUUUCAGGUCUGCAUCAUUGCAGUAUAAGGAUUUAUCUAACAAUCAUUGCAUCCACAUAACAAGAUUUUUUAUCCUAACGUAUCUUACCAUGAUUUUAGAUAAAUGAUACAUGUGUACUUACUAUGUUGCCUCACAUUGGGUUUGUUGCAACAGAACUGGCAACAGACAUUGUUAUAUCCGUUGGGGAUGCCAAGUUUUAUCUUCAUAAGUUCCCUCUUCUAUCAAAGAGUUCACUCCUGCAAAGGUUAGUUGCUUCAAGCAAUGAUGAGAAAAAUGAUGAAGUGGAUAUCUCUGACAUCCCUGGUGGACCUUCAGCAUUUGAAAUAUGUGCUAAGUUCUGCUAUGGCGUGAUUGUAACACUCAAUGCAUAUAACGUCCUCGCUGCCCGCUGUGCAGCUGAGUACCUAGAAAUGUUUGAGAGCAUCGACAAAGGAAACCUCAUAUACAAGAUCGAUGUGUUUCUGACAUCAAGCGUAUUUCGCACCUGGAAGGACUCGAUCAUAGUUUUACAGAGCACAAAGUCACUGCAACCUUGGUGUGAAAAUCUGAAGGUAAUCAACCACUGCAUUGACUGUAUCGCGUCGAAGGCGUCAAUUGAUCCAUCAGAGGUUGAAUGGUCAUACACUUACAACAGAAAAAAGCUCCCAUCUGAGAAUGGUAUCGAUUCACAUUGGAACGGUGUCAGGAAGCAACCUAUGGUCCCUAGUGACUGGUGGGUUGAGGACCUUUGUGAGCUCGAAGUGGAUUUGUACAAGCGUGUGAUCAUGACCAUCAAGGCAAAGGGAAGCACACCAGCUGCUGUCAUUGGAGAAGCAUUGAGGGCCUACGCAUACCGACGGCUGCUUGGCUCCCUUGAAGAUGCUGUGAGCAAUGGAGUCGAUUGCACAAAACGCCGUGCAGCUCUUGAUGCCAUUGUAUUUCUGUUGCCAGCUGAGGAAGGCUCGGUGUCAUGUGGUUUUCUUCUUAAGCUGCUAGGGGCUGCAUGUUUGCUUGAAUCUGGGGAGUCCCAUCGCGUUAACUUGAUCAAGAGAAUAGGCACGCAGUUGGAUGGUGCUUCAGUUCCAGACCUUCUUAUACCGCUAAAUACUAAUGAAGACAAUAUAUCCAGCAUAGAUCUGAUCAUGGCAAUAGUGGAAGAGUUCAUGUCACGGAAUGGUGAUAGUGGUACGGAGAAAUUUCAAGACGAUGAAGGAAUCGUGGACAUCGAGAAGUCGACAUCUGUUUCCAGCGCGUCAAAGCUUGCAGUUGCAAAGCUGAUCGAUGGAUAUCUUGCCGAGAUCGCCAAAGAUCCCAACCUUCCUCUUCCAAAGUUGAUCGCACUCGCCGAAAUGGUGUCUUCUCUACCCCGGCCAACGCAUGACGGGCUCUAUCGUGCCAUUGACAUGUAUCUGAAGGAGCACCCCAGCCUAUCAAAGAGCGAGAAGAAGAAACUGUGCGGGCUGAUGGACUGCAAGCAGCUGUCGCAGGACGCGUGCAUGCACGCCGUGCAGAACGAGCGUCUCCCCCUACGCGUGGUCGUGCAGGUUCUCUUCUUCGAGCAAGUCCGGGCAUCGUCGUCGGUUGCUUCUGCAAGGAGCGACGCUAAUUCGACGUCGGGGCUCCCGUCUGCCGUUCGCUCGCUUCUUCCCAGAGAGAACGGCAACUCCAUUGGCAGCUCCAGGUCAGCCGCGACGACGAUGACGACGGAGGAAGAGGAGAGUGGGGUCCCGACGUCGAGCGACAUCAACUCUCUGAGGUCGAUGAGGCUGGCCAACAACAGCGGUGGGAGCGAGAGGAGCAGCGGCAGCAGUGACGUGAACAACAAGAGCAGCGACGACAGGAGCGCCGCCGCCACGGGGAAGGCGAAGGGGACGAUGCUGAUGCCGAAGAAGAUGCUGAGCAAGCUCUGGUCCGGGAAAACGAACGCCGGCGAGAGCAGCAGCUCGGACACGUCGGAUAGCCCUGGGUCCGCCAACCCGGAGGAGGCGAAGUCCACGCAGUCGCGGAUCACAUGGCGCUCGGUAUCCUAGUCGCGCGCGCGCGGCGGGGGUUCAGCGGGGUCACAAGCUCACAGCCUUAGUUUUGUUCUUGGUCUUGAUUUUGCCUUCGCCUAGCGAGUACAGCAGUAGCGAUCUCAUAACAUAUGGAGUUACUGCUACUGGUUUCACUUGUCAUGUCGCCGAUGACGUUUUCUUUUUGGCAUGGGAUUGCUUGUAGCUGGAGUGGAGUAGGUUUGGUCAUUGGUGAUGUUUCCAGCGAAGUUCCAUGGGAUAUUUAUUAUGUGACCUUUUUUUCAUGGUAGGAAUACAAAGAAAGUAGUACAGUCCGUUAUAAUUGAUGUAUUUUUUGCAGGCAAAAAUAAUCAUAGUGUUUUAGUUUGCUUCUUA